AGCUGCUACAAGCCUUUCAUUUUGUUCAGACGGAAACGAAAGGAAAUCGAAGUACAUAGAAAAAGUAAAUACCAGUUUGUUAUUGUGGAAAUACUUUUGUAAAUGUUUAUGUUGCAAAUGACUAAAAAGCGUUAAUUAAAACUGUACUGUCAACGAAAGAUUAAGAAGUUCAUCGUGAUUUACUAAAAGUUUGGGUGCUAUAUAAGUUAUGGACAAAUCAAGAUUUUCGAUGCUCCUUUUAGAGCCUGGUGAAAUUUACUUUGAAGAUUAUUCAUGUAUUUUCAAUGAUUUUGAAUCAUUACAUGGUGGUAAUUCCAGACAAGGUAGACUGAAACUCUGCUCAAAGUCCCUUGUGUUUGAGCCCACAGACUGGACAUAUCCAUUAAUUAAGUUACACUUUAGAGACUGCAUGAGCAUAGAUGUGAUAAAGCCCCAGACUCCUGAGAGCCCACAGAAUGUAAUUAAAGUAGAAAUGAAGCAGUUUGCAGAAAUGCUAGAGGAGAAUAUAUUGGCCCCAUACAAAUUUCAAUAUGAAAAGAAAACAUUUUAUAUAUUUUUCGAUUUUGCUUCGGCAGAAGAGACAUUAUAUCAAAUGCAUCAGUUGCAAAGGGCAUCCACCUUGAAUGCACCGGAACACAACAGCAUGGUAGCUACUAUUCUGCACUCUAGGUACAUGCGGAUGGUUUUUGACCCGGUGAUGAUGGAUGACUUCACUGAGGAGAUAGUUUGUGAGCUGCAGGCGGAGAAAAUAUCACCCCUAGUUAGACAUCAAGGCAAGCUGGCUUUAACUCCAACCACAUUAUAUUUUCAACCCUUCAGUAAUGUUGAAAGUAGCCCAAUUUUGAAAUUAAAGCUAAGCCACCUGAAGCGGUUGUACAAGCGCAGAUUUUUACUAAGGCAAGUUGGCUUGGAAAUCUACAGUGCAGAUGAGAGUUCAGUAGCCCACAUCUACCUAACCUUUCAGUCCCAGGACGACAGAGACAGAACCUACGAUAUGCUGGGGCAGUCUCCCAGUGUAAACCUAGAAAGAGUUCACGCUGAGGAAACUACCCUGCAGUGGCAAAAUGGAGUGGUUUCUAAUUAUGACUACUUGAUGCAUUUAAAUUGCCUCGCAGACCGAAGUAAAAAUGAUCUCACUCAAUACCCAGUAUUUCCAUGGGUAAUAUCAGACUAUACAUCUACAGAGUUAGACCUAGAUAAUGUCGAUGUGUACAGAGAUCUGUCAAAGCCCAUGGGGGCGUUAAACCCAGAUAGGUUAGAGAAAUUAAAAGAAAGAUAUCAAGAGAUGUCCCAUCCCAAAUUUAUGUACGGCUCACAUUAUUCCGCUCCAGGAUUGGUGCUAUUUUAUCUAGUCAGAAAAUAUCCCGAAUAUAUGCUUUGUCUCCAGAAUGGAAGAUUUGACCAUCCUGAUAGGAUGUUCAAUUCAGUGAGAGACGUGUAUAACAACUGUUUAAGGAAUAUGUCGGAUUUUAAGGAGCUAGUUCCCGAAUUCUACGACACCGAUGCUAAAGGCGACUUUCUAGUGAACAAAUAUCAAAUAAAUUUCGGAGAUCGUCACGACGGGACCAAAGUGAACAACGUGUCGCUUCCGCCCUGGGCAGACUCGCCGGCCAACUUCGUGGCAAAGCUUCGGGAGGCGUUGGAGUCAGAAUAUGUCUCUAGGCAUUUACAUUUGUGGAUCGAUCUCAUUUUUGGGUACAAACAAAGAGGGGAGGAGGCUAUUAAAGCUAAUAAUGUUUUUCAUCACGUAUGCUACGAAGGCUCGGUUGACUUAGAUGACAUAUACGACAUGAACGACAGGCAUGCGCUAGAAGUGCAAAUAAUGGAAUUUGGCCAAGUACCAAAACAGCUCUUUACCAAACCCCACGUUCGAAGGGUCACGCACGAAAUACCGAAGAGCAUAAAAGAAGAUUUGGAAGAAAACGAUAUUGUUUAUAAACUAGAAUGCAUUGACAGUAUUCAACUACAUAAAGAGGAAGUCACGUGUGCAUUAAGACAAGGUCCAAGACUGAUUUCUGUGGGUAAAGAUGGGACCCUAAAAGUGUAUGAUACGUCAUUGAAAAAGCAAAUAAGAAGCGUCAUACUGUGCGCGACGCCGCUCAGCUCGUGCGUCAUGGUCGAUGAAAAUAUUGUCGCAGCUGGCUCGUGGGACAAUGAAAUAUAUUUGUACGACGUGGAUUACGGUAGAGUGGUGGAGAGCUUCCGAGCGCACGACGACUGCGUCAGCUGUUUGUUGUGGUUAGAAAAAGAGCGACUCCUGAUAUCAGGCGGCCAUGACGGCGUAGUGCGUGCUUGGGGCGAGCUCGGCCGCACGGGGCAGGCGCUGCGCGGGCUGCGCGCCGAGUUCGACCACGACGGGAAGGUGUGCGCCGUCACCUUCAGACGUCGCCGACACAGUGUGGACAUAAUCGCCGGCACGAGCGACGGCGAGCUCUACGUAUGGGACCUAAUAGCGCGCGAGCUACUCGCCAAGAUGUCCAUCCACACCUCGCCCAUCGUUGGCGCCUGUUUUAUACCGGCUGGUGAUCGCAUAGUCACCAUCGCGCGCGAUACGGACAUGAGCGUCACAGAUCUACUUGUAUGCGACUCGGUGUACCACGCUCAGCUGGCGGAAGGUGCGGCCGCGCUCUGCUGGCAGGGCCCUCGCGCGCUGUGGCUGGGCGGGCGGCGCGGCGCGCUGCUGCAGUGGGACAUGAUGCGCGCGCAGCCGCGCGCCGAGACUGACGCGCACCAAGACGUGAUCAACUGCGUGUAUUACGACGCCGCUACAGAAACUAUAGUAACCGCCAGCAAAGACAAAACUGUGAAGAUUUGGAAAAUGAUCUCAAGAUCCUGACAAAAGAGGCUCAAUAUAGUGAACAGUGCUAUUAAUUAUACUUUAUUAUUUUUUCUAUAAAUUAUAGUAGUGAUAAUGUUA